CGGAAGCGGAGGCGCCGACAUGGCGGAGCCCUUGCACGAGGAGCUCUCGGCUCUCGCCGCGAUUUUCUGCGGGCCCCGCGAGUACGAGGUGCUGAGCCGCUCAGAGAAAGAUGGGACCGUGUUCAGAAUUCACACAAAAGCUGAAGGCCUUUCGGAUGAGGAUAUACCCUUAGAGUUGGUGUUCCAUUUACCGGUCAAUUACCCUUCAUGUCUGCCCGGUAUCUCAGUUAACUCGGAACAUUUGACCAGAGGCCAGUGUGUGGCUGUGAAAGAGAAGCUGCUUCAACAGGCGGAGCGUCUGUUGCCGGAGCCCAUGGUUCACGAGCUUGUGCUUUGGAUCCAGCAGAAUCUCAGGCUUGUUCUCAGCCGGCUGGAAGCUGGACGUGGCAGUGAGCAGUGCACUUUCCCAAUAAGCCCAACUGUGGAUGAUGGAUUGUGGGUAACUCUUUUGCAUUUAGAUCACAUGAGAGCAAGGACAAAAUACAUCAAAACUGUGGAGAAGUGGGCUUCAGAUUUAAGGCUGACGGGAAGACUGAUGUUCCUGGGCAAAAUAAUACUGAUUUUACUGCAAGGAGACAGAAACAGCAUCAAGGAAUACCUGGUUCUUCAGAAAACCUCCAAAGUAGAUGUGGACUCAAAUGGAAAGAAAUGCAAAGAGAAAAUGAUGAGUGUACUGUUUGAGACAAAAGUACAGAUGGAACACAAAAGGUUUCUGGCAUUUGAAGUCAAAGAAUAUUCAACAUUGGAUGAGUUACAAAAGGAAUUUGCAACUGCAGGACUUAAGGAGCUUUUCUCUGAAUUUGUACUUGGGCUGGUAAAAUGAAAUUAAUGACAAGAAUCUUUUGGUAAAUCAGCACUGUGUUUUGUUGUUGUUUUUGCAUUGGAUUUGGGAAAUGGCUAAUCGAAAUAGUCAUAAGGGAACAAUUUUAAAGUUUCCCUGUAGCAAAAUCACUGCAAUUUCAGAAACAAAAGCCAAUUCUGUUUUAUGGAAUAUUAAACAUGAAAAGCAUCCAUAUUUUCUAAUGUUUGCUAGGAAAGACUAAGUUCAAUAGAUGGAACGUUAUUUGGAACACAGAUUAAAAAAAGAUGUUGCUAAAUGAGCCCUUGUUUUUGUAUAGACAGUUUGUUUAAAAUGAUGCAAUUUUCUGGCUAAAUUUUUAGUAAUUAAAUGAUUAAAAAUAAGUUUGUUUUCAUAUUUACUCUUUUCUGUGUUUACAUUUUUAGCAUUUAAUCAUGAUUUUUCUCCAUUUAGCUUAUUAUGCCUAAUGCUUGAAGUUGAUUGUUAGGAAAAAUGUAACACUGAUUUCUUUGUGGAAUUAUAUAAAUCUCUGUUAAAACCAAACCAAAGAUGUUUUAUAGAACCUGAUUUAUAAUUGUUUUGUUUGUAGUUCCAUGUAUUUGGUAGCUAAAGGAUGAGGAAAUCUAUUUAAAUUAAAAUUCUUAUUUGAAAAACGCAACUUCUAGUUUUACAAGGGGAGAAAAGUUCAUCAAAAAUGAACUUGGCUUCCUGGAAAGAAAUUGUAUUAUGACACUGUUUUUCAUUAUGAGAUCUUUUAGCUCAUGAUAAAAUAUAUUAUGACUUGAGAAGAAAGGAAUUAACAAAUAAAAGCUUAUGUUAAAAUGUGUAACAAGAACCAUGAGGCUGUCAGGCAUGGUGGUGCACGCCUACAAUCCCAGCAUGCAGGAGGCCGAGGCAGG